UUUGUUUUAUUCCCGCAGGAUGCCCGCAGCACAUAAAAGGGCAUUUAUGGACAUUGCAGGAUUCCCUGGCGUUGUGGGUGUAAUUGAUGGAACACAUGUGAGAAUAAUUGCGCCAUCAGAGGACGAGGCUGUCUUUGUUAACAGGAAGAAUUUCCACAGCAUCAAUGUGCAAAUAGUGUUCAAUGCGGCCUGUAAGAUUUUGGACAUUGUGGCUAAAUGGCCAGGCUCCACACAUGAUGCGAGAAUGCUCUCCGAGAGUGGCAUCAGACAGCUUUUUGAGAGACGCUAUGUGCCGGCUAAUUGCCACUUGUUAGGGGAAAGUGGCUACCCAUGCAAACCAUGGCUCCUUACACCUUACCUCCAGCCACGCCAAGGGCCCCAACGAAAUUAUAACAGGGCCCACAAGACAACAAGAGCGGUGGUGGAGCGUGGCAUAGGCCAGCUUAAGAGGCGCUUUCAUGUUCUCCACGGAGAGGUGCGGCUGAGGCCUGAAAAAGUCAGCAAAGUCAUCAUAGCCUGUGCAAUAUUACACAAUAUUUGCAAGGUUAGACAGAUUGCAGAAACUCUGGAGGAUGGCGAUGAGGAUGAGGAUGAAGACAACGAUGAGGAUGGUGGUGAAGAAGAUAUUCACAUUCCACAGGGGAACCUAGUGACUGCCUUACAGGGCAAACUUCACAAAUUUACAUUUCAGGCAAGCUGUAGCCCCAUGUCAUUUGAGAACUUGUGAUGGUAUUAAGAACUACCACAGUUUUACUGCACAUCACCUGCAAUUGUUAAAUGCAAGACACAGAACACAAUCUCUAAAUGAUUUCUUUUUUAGGUGUUCAAUUUUAAGGCAGUAGUACUCCUCCUGAAGGGAAAGGACUUUUUUUUGUUGUUCAAACACAUCAAUCUUCCCUCCUGCAGGGAUGCUGACGGAGCAGGUGCUGCGGAUGGGAAUGGUGUUUGAUCCGCCGGGCUAUCCUGAGUAGCAGCUGCAGGUGGUUCAGGCGGCAAUCUUGUCAGCAAACUUGAUGGGCCCAGUUCUUGUGAUGGCUCCAUGCUACAUAAAUACAUAUGCCUAGUUUAAUUAUUGUUUUGAUCAAAUUAAUUUAAUACAAUGAGCAUGGAUAACACAUGAAAUGGCUUCUGCAAUGAAUAAACACUGUUGAUAUGAAUAA